CCCAGCUGCUCCAACCCUGCUGCUCUCAGAGCGAUCGCUCCACGGGCCCGGACUGCUCCCUGCUCUGCAGCCUGCCAGGAUGACAGGCACUCCCCGGCCCUACCUUCUCUUCCUCCUGCUGGCUGCCCAGCCCAGAGGCUCAAGUCCUGCAACCUCAGGUUGUGCCUCUUCUGCCAUACGGGUGAAUGGGAUUCUGGGAGAAUUGGUCGUUCUCCCAUUUGAUUUCAAGGGGACGUUCAAGCUCAUCACCUGGUACCGACCUAGCCCUCGCCAGGACACGGCCUCGGGUAGAAAGGUGCCUCUUGCUGUGAUCACGCCAGGAGAGCCUGGAGCCCUGCCCCGUGUGGCUGUGGAGGACGAGAGAUACCGAGGGCGCGUGAGACUCCACGGCCAGAGCUAUUCACUGGAGAUCAGCAACCUGACGCUGGCAGAUCGGGGGGAAUACAAAUUAGAGCAAAACACAAUCGGACACAAUGUUCAUUUCUGUGACUAUCAUCUGACCCUCUACCAGCGGCUCUCGCAGCUGGAGAUCAAGAUUCAUCCCGUGAUGGCUGGGAACAGCACUUGCAACGUGACCUUCACCUGCAGCGCCGGGGAGGGAGCCUGGAAUCUCACGUACACCUGGACGGGCCCAGCAGGAGGCGCUGUUCUCUCCACCAAGGAAUCCCUGCUGGUCCAACACAGACUGGGAGACGAGGACACACCUGUCACCUGCACAGCUACGAACAAUGUCAGCACCAGCUCAGCCAACGCCUCCCCCAAGGCGGCCUGUGAAGGUCCCACCCUGCCCCAGACCCCAGCACUGUCCUACUGCCGCACCAAAGGGCUCCUUGUGCUGGGGGUGCUUGGGAGCCUGCUGGCUGGGAUCGUCACAGCGCACGUCCUCGCUGCGAGGGAACAGACACGGCCCGGAGAGGAGAGGAGCUUCCCCUGUGCCUGUUAGUUCCCCAGGAGGCGGCAUUUCCCAUGCUGGCCGAAGUCGGCUUAUUGCUUCACUGCCCCCUGCAGCAGCCUCAGUUUCCCUUCCCCUCAGGACGCAGGCACAGCAGGGACUCUCCUGCGCUCGACUCGGCCCAACAUGCAGCAAUCGUGGAUCCUCCGCCCGGUGGGGCAGCGGGCGUCUCCAGGCCUGGAGUCUCUCCCUGGCCCGGUGACUGUGUUGGAACAGCGGUGAUAGGAGCGACUGAGACCAUCCUCCUCCCGGGGGCACAGGGAUCCUCAGUGGAGACGUGGGUUCAGGUCGUGCUCUGAACUAGGCAGCACAGGGAAUUGACCCACGUUUCCCAUGCCCCUGUGGCCUGUCCUGGCCUCUCAGGAUGGGACUGGGGGCUCAUGCUCUCGCUCUGGUUUUGCCUGAGUAGGGCUGGGCUGACUUCCUCAUCUCCAGGGCAGGGGUGCGGCUCCUACCUGGAGAGAGGCAGCUAGCACCAACCCAUCCCUGUGUCAUGGACGACCAGAUCCAUAAGAGCUGUGGAUCUGGGCCCUAAUCCCCACUCACUUACUUUGCGCUUCACUCCUGGCUAACAUAGGCAGCUGCCUGCUCUGCUUGCGGGCUUCUGAAAAUCCCGUCCUUGGGCGACUAGCUCUGCGCACGUAUUGUGUGCAGAGCUCUGGGCGCCUGGAUCGAGACAGCAUUCAGCUGGGCAGCAGAGCGCCCAAAGAGACAUUUUGCGGCUCUCGGCGUUGCAGCGCUUCGGUCCCUGUGGAAAUCUGCAGCCAGAGUCACACAGGGACCCACAGGUUGCAGUGUUCAGCACCGCAAUAUGUAAAGCAAAGCAAAUUGACGCUGGAGUGCAGGGCAGGCUUUUGUGGUACUUGCACUCAGUCUCUGUUAGGUGUGAAUGAAAUGUACAGUCGUCUGGUGCUGGGCAGCGAUUGGGCUUUUAAAUCCAGGCUCCGGACGUGUUGGGUGACUUCCUGGGUAGCUCUCUGCUUCCUGGAGGGAGUUAGGAAUGAAAUCAACUAAGUUUCUGUCCUUUGAUGAUAUGUCAUUAGCAGUGCAAAGUGCAAGGUUAGGCACUUAGACGUUGCUAUUAGACGGGGACUUAUCAGUUGGAAUUGACAGGGAGGAGGAAGACCAGGGUGAAUUGGUGGAUCAUAGGAUGACUAUGAGGUGAGGUGGCUGUGAAAAAGGCUAAUGCAAUCCUUGGGGUACGUCUAUACCGCAAGGCUGUUUCAGGAUACCAGAGGUAUCCCGAAAUAGCUACCCCACAUCUGUUGAACGUGUCCGCUAUUGCAAAAUAUAGUGAACCUGCUAUUUCGGCAUCCCUGUAAACCUCAUUCCACGAGGGAUAAGGGAUGUUGCA